AAAUGUCAUUAGUUGCUCUGAAAGAAAAUGAGACUCAGUAGAGCCAGUAUUGUCACAUUGCAGGCUGAUUCAGAUAGCGUUGGUCCUGAAAGUGUCCACAUGGAUCACAUCAUGUCACGUCAGCAGCGGCAGAGCACAUCCAACGGACAUCACCAGCGCAUCAGCGUCACAUCUUCUGUUCAAUCCAACACUGCGCAUUCAGCAGGGACGCACGGAGUGCAUCUCACCUGCUUUUCCAAGAUCACAUGCGAGAUGGAAAUGAAUCUCAGCAGCAUCAUCAUUGCGUUCUCGUUUUGAUCGCUCCAUCGAGAACGGAUCAACUGUGAAUUCAUUUCUUUACCAGCACCAAUGGCUCAUUUAGCGCGCGUUUGGAGAGAUGUCCACUUGUGGCAUGCGUUUCAGCGGAGAUAUUCAAGCUAAAUGGAAAACUCCAAUCAACAGAAUACUUCUCUUUAAGCUUUACCAAUAAAGCAAAGGUUCAGGAUGGAUUUCAACGUCACCUCCGCUGAUAAUUCCAGUGAUGGGUCCAACUCAUCCCAACGAUUUAAUGCAGAGACGGAGGAGCAGUACCACAAUGUCCUCAUGCCCAGCAUUUACGGGGUCAUCUGCUUCGUCGGCAUUAUAGGCAAUUGCAUUGUCAUCUACACCAUUGUCAAAAAGACAAAAUUCAGAGCGCAGCAGACAGUGCCCGAUAUCUUCAUCUUUAGCUUGUCCAUCGCAGACCUUCUCUUUCUCCUUGGCAUGCCAUUCCUUAUCCACCAGCUUUUGGGAAACGGUUCUUGGUGUUUCGGCGCCACCAUGUGCACCGUUAUAACGGCACUGGACUCCAACAGCCAAAUCGUGAGCACUUACAUCCUGACCGUCAUGACGCUGGACCGAUACUUGGCGACGGUUCAUCCCAUUCGCUUUAAUCACAUACGUACCCCGCGCGUGGCCGUUGCCGUCGUCGGGCUCGUUUGGAUACUCUCUCUGCUUUCCAUCACACCGGUGUGGAUGUAUGCCGGUCUCAUGCCCCUGCGAGACGGUUCUGUGGGAUGCGCUCUACUACUCCCAAAUCCGGCCACAGACACGUACUGGUUUACUCUCUACCAGUUUGUGCUGGCCUUCGCCUUGCCUUUGGUGAUCAUCUGCGUGGUCUUUUUCAAGAUCCUCCAAAACAUGUCUGCCACUGUGGCCCCGCUCCCACAGCACAGCCUGCGCGUGCGCACCAGAAAGGUCACCCGAAUGGCCGUCGCCAUAUGCCUGGCCUUCUUUAUUUGUUGGGCACCAUAUUACGUUUUGCAACUGGCUCACCUGAGCGUGCAUCGACCCAGUUUCGCCUUUCUCUACGUCUAUAACAUCGCCAUAAGCAUGGGCUACGCCAACAGUUGCAUCAACCCAAUACUUUACAUCAUGCUUAGCGAGACCUUCAAGAGACAGUUCAUCGCAGCCAUCCGGCCCGCACACAAAGACUUUCGGGCUGAUCCCGGGACGGCUGAUGGUAGCGUCAGUCUGCGCUUGGGUCCUGAUGGAGCUCAACAGUCUCAGUCAUCCAGGGAGUUGUUGCCAGUAACCGUAGCUGUACAUUGACUCCAGGUAAAGGUCUGAUGGGAACCCGGGAGACUGCAAUGAACCACGAUUAGCGGCAUGGUGUUCAAGAUGUCUAUAAUGAGCAUCCGUUGAAAGGCAUCCCUGGGCAUCCUGCAAAAUCGCUCAUUAAAAGAGUUUGUUUUAAAAUAGUUAUGUUAUAGAUUGUUCCUGUGCUGUGUUUCUGUGAAAAGUGUCAUUCUGGAUCCAAUUAUAUCAACACAUCACAUCAAAAUAAAAUCAGUAAUUUGCUGUAAACAUAUGAUCUUUGGAAAAAUAUAUAGAUUUAGUUAAACUAACUGCCUGUUCAAUAAAAUAUAGGCGUUAAAGGGAUAGUUCACUCAAAAAUGAAAGUUGUGUCACCAUUUACUUACCCUCAUGUUGUUCUAAACCUGUAUGAGUUUUUAUUUUAUUUUGUUGAACGCAAAAGAAGAUAUUUUCAUAAAUGAUUAUUGUACAUAUUGUCUUCUAUAAUAUUAGUUUUUUUUCUUUUGAAGUUAAAGGCUACCGUUAACUGUGUGGCUACCAUCAUUUAUCAAAAUAACGCCUUUUGGGGCGGUUUCCUGGAGAGGGAUUAGACUAGUCGUAGACUAGAAUAAAUGUAAAAGCUGUCUGAAAACAACUUGCACUGGCAUAUCCUAAAAUACAUCAGCGCCCUUUCUUUUGUCUUAAAAUGGACAAGAAAUGUUUUUAGUAAGGCAUGAUUGUUAAAACUAGUUAUAUUUCUUAAUUAAACUAAGGCCUAGUCCUGGCUUAAACUAAUCCCUGUCCGGGAAAACACCCCCUAGGGUUAAACACAAUAAAGAAACUUUAAACAACAUAUUGACAAAAUUGUCAGUUUUGGGUGAACUUUCCCUUUUACAAUAAUUCAUGUAAGGCCAAAAACGAAUAAAAAAUUUGAAGUUAUACCUUUGUUAUAAACUAUUGGGGCGGUUUCCCGGACAGCGAUUAGCUUAAUCCAGGACUAGGCUUUAGUUUAAUUAGGAAAUAUAACUAGUUUUAACAAACAUGCCUUACUAAAAACAUCACCUGUGUGCAUUUUGAGGCAAAACAAAGGGCACUGAUGUAUUUUAAGAUAUGUCAGUGCAAGUUGUUGUCAGUUUGGACAGCUCUUAAAAUUUAUUUAGUCUAG